AUGCAUCUUAUAUACUUUUUAUUCCUCGUAGUUGGAUGUUCCGCCAGUCUUUUCGACUUUAUCCAAAACCAAUUUGGCGGUGGAGGCCAGGCCCAAAAGAGCCCAGAACAUUACGAGGCACAAGUGUUGAAUUCCAACUGUGACAAAUACCUUUGUCCAGGAACCUCACUCUGUGUAGACGCUCCCAAGUUUUGUCCUUGUCCUUACCCUUCGUCACAGUUGAGAUGUUUUUUGCCAGAUGGCCGCUAUUUGUGCAUUUCCAAGCCAGCUGGUGACGUGGCCGCAAAUUACGACGAUCCUAGAACAAACUGGAAAGUGGACGCGAAGGACGACAACAUACGAGACUGCGGCUGGGUGAGCAGAGCGUGGAAGGGAGUCGUUUAA